UAGGGAUGAAGUUAUAUUCAUUUCAGGGAUGCAUAUGCACCUUAAAAAUACAGCUAGUUAUAAAAGCAAAAUUUAUUUUUAUGUGUUUUUUGUCACCAUGUCUAUGCAUUCUCUCGAUCAACCAAUAAGGUAGCUCAGUUAAAAACUUGCAAAAUCUCUGAACAGGUACAAGGCAAGUUUCAUCAAACACUGUCCAAGACGGCCCAGGCAACGCCCGGUCCGGAGCUCCCGAUGACACACACUUGCAGCUGGAUGAUGGCCAAUGCUAACUAAUAGCAACCGCCCAAUCAGGAUGGGUAGGCAGUUAGGUAGGCUCUGGCCGGUGUUUUGCUGUAAGUACCAAGCCCAAUGUUCAGAGGCCGCGGCGGCAAGACACGCGCGCUCUUGUGCCGACCGCCGAGUGUGCCAUGCCACCACGUAGAGGCGUCUAGAACAGAUUGGGCUCCGGCGCUCCGCGGUGCUCACACGUGCGCAGUACACCUCUCCUUCCUCUGAUUGCUUCCUCGACGGUGACAUCUUUGACACGGCCAUUGGCCCCCCGGGCGAGCUAGUAUUAAAGCAGGCGGGUUACUUGCUCACUGUCACGGCCAUUGACGCUGAAACGCUACUGCUGCUUGCAUGCUGUGAUCAUCGUCGUUGAGUUGACUUGAGUCGUCCGGCCGGUUCCCUUGUCUCUCCGGUUCUCGACGCCGGCUGGCUCCGUCCGAUCGAUCAGACGCAAUGGCGAACGCGGCGUCGGGCGUGGCGGUGGCGGAGGAGUGCGUGGCGCGGUUCCAGGAGCUGCGCGGCGGCCGCGCGCACCGCUUCGUGGUGUUCAAGGUCGACGACGCGCUGCAGCGCGUGGUGGUGGAGAAGGCGGGCGGCCGGGCCGCCGGCUUCGGCGACCUCGCCGCCAGCCUCCCCGCCGACGACUGCCGCUACGCCGUCUACGACCACGACUUCACCGUCGGCGUCGGGGACGCCGCCGCCGCCGCUGGGGAGCUCGAGGCGCCGCGCAGCAGGAUCGUCUUCGUGGCCUGGGCCCCGGAGGCGGCGGGCGUCAGGAGCAAGAUGGUGUACGCCAGCUCCUGCGAGGGGUUCCGCAAGGAGCUGGACGGCGUGCAGGUGGACCUCCAGGCCACCGAGCCCGGCGAGCUGACGCUCGACGUCCUCAACGACCACGCCUCCUGAAUGGUCGAGGAGGAUGAGGUGCUUGCUUGCGUUGCCGUCCACGGUCCGUCCAUUCCGUCACCGUCACGUACGUGCGUGCAAGGUGGUGGUGUGCCGUGUACGGAGGGCGUUUGCGUAGUUGCAUUCGUGCGUACUACUACUGUAUAAUAAUACCGAGUCAGCUCUUGCCGUGCUUGGAUUGUUCCCUUCCUGUUAUUGAUGUAUGCAUGCGUGUACGCGAACACUCGUACUAUGCUCAUUGAUCAAGAGUUCAAGCA